UUGCGUGGCACCGGCGGGUUCAUUGGCAAUUGACACUGCAGCUGCACAGUGGGACUGGGAGCUCUUUGAUAAGGCAGAAGAGGCACAGAGGGGCUUAGCGAACAGGGCCCUCGCAUUAGCCAAACAGCCAUUAGCCAUGGCGUUCUCUACAAAUGCUAACAACUAUUCUAUACUUUCUUCUUUUCUUUCUCGUAAUUCUCCGGCACCGCAUAAGAGAGCAAGACGGAUUUGCAUUUGUGCCAAGAAAACCAACGCCAGUUCGUUGCAGUACAGAAAACUUGGGGACUCUGACCUUCAAAUUUCUGAAGUUACGCUUGGAACUAUGACUUUUGGGCAACAAAACACCGAGAAAGAAGCUCAUGAACAACUGAGUUAUGCUUAUGAGCAUGGAAUCAAUAUUAUAGAUACUGCAGAGGCAUAUCCAGUUCCAACGAAACAAGAGACACAGGGAAGGACAGACAUCUACAUCGGUAAUUGGCUCAAAUCAAAGCCCAGAGACAAGAUUAUUUUGGCAACAAAAGUCAGUGGUUACUCGGAGCGAUCGCCUUAUUUGCGUGAAAAUGCAAAGGUUUUACGGGUUGAUCGUUCCAAUAUUAGAGAAAGUGUAGAGAAAAGUCUCAAGCGGCUGAAUACUGACUACAUUGACUUACUGCAAAUUCAUUGGCCAGACCGCUAUGUUCCCCUAUUUGGUGAUUUUGUUUACGAUUCUUUGAAAUGGAGGCCAAGUGUGCCUUUCAUAGAGCAACUGAAGGCAUUUCAGGAACUUAUUGAAGAAGGAAAGAUACGCUACAUUGGUGUUUCAAAUGAAACUUCGUAUGGAGUGAUGGAAUUUGUUCACACAUCAAAAAUUGAAGGAUUGCCAAAGAUUGUUAGUAUCCAAAAUAAUUACAGUCUUAUUAACAGAUGCCGCUUUGAAGUCGAUCUUGUUGAGGUUUGUCAUCCAAAUAACUACAAUGUUGGCUUGCUUGGUUAUUCUCCUUUGGGUGGUGGAACGCUGAGUGGCAAAUACUUGGAUGUCAAUUAUCAAGCUGCAGGAAAAGGAAGGCUGAGCCUCUUCCCUGGCUUCAUGGAUAGAUAUAAUAAAUCUAUUGCCAAGGAAGCAAUAACUGAGUACGUGCAGUUGGCUAAAAAGUACGGCCUAACUCCAGUUCAGCUUGCACUUGGGUUUGCUCGAGACCGUCCAUUUAUGACGAGUUCGAUAAUUGGCGCAACAUCUAUGGACCAGCUUAGAGAAGACAUCGAUGCUUUCACGAUGACCGAGCGGCCGUUGCCGGCCGAAGUGAUGGCAGACAUUGAAGCCAUUUUCCGAAGAUAUAAAGAUCCAGCUAUCUAGGAGGGACUAACCUUUCUUACUGCUCAUUGUUCCGGUGAAUGUUUAUUGUGUGAACAUAAUAAAACACAUUCAUUAUGCAUUACAUUAAAUAUGAAAAUUAUUUUAAGUUCAUUCCAGUUA